UCGUUCUCUUCGGGAGAGCAGCGGCAAGUGUUGGGAUUAAGCCUGAUCGACGUGGAUCAUCCGAGCCGCAGCUCGUCCUCCUGCUCAUCCUCCCACUCGGCCUAUUUCUCAUCUUCAUCUUCUUAUUCUCCCCCGUAUUCGGAGGAGGACGAAAACCUCGACAGUUUCCUGGUGUUGAUGAGCGUCUCCUUCGAAGUGCCGGCGAGCUACGGCAAGAAGAGUAACACGUGGUACGCGACGCCUGGCGGCGGUGGGGGUGGAGGGGCGGCGACGGCUGGAAGAGGUGGAGGAACCGGAUGGAGCCGACCUCCGGCAGUCGGAAGCCUCAGCCGCAAGGCAUCCAUCAGUGACGAGGCGCCGCCGCCAGGGGGUGGAAAACCCUCCUCUGGCCGAGUCAUAAGGAUCGUCAAUAACCUCGAUCACACCGUCCAGUGUCGAGUACUGCUAAACCUGAGGACCUCGCAACCCUUUGAAGAGGUCCUGGAGGAUUUGGGUCAGGUGCUCAAGAUGAACGGGGCCAAACGGAUGUUCACAGUAACGGGUUUGGAGGUACGAAGCUUCUCGCAGUUGCGAAACGAAUUCGCCGAUGUCGACACGUUUUACCUCGGGGGUGGGACGGGCGUUCAGUCAGUUGCGAUCGCUGCUUCUCCAGCUCGAAGAUCGAGGUCUCGAGGCCCUCCGACGGUCGUCGAAGACUUGAGCCGUCAGCGACGGGCCCGAAGCAAGAGCAGACCACGGGCCCUUUACGCGCCGGAAGCGGAAGUCGUCCGAGUGAACGAUUACAGCGUGGUCGAAGUGCUCAGGGAGGAGCCCACGAGGGUUACCAUCAGGGGGUUGCGCCGGUCGUUUUAUCCCCCCUCGCUUCUUCCGCCGGUCGACAAUUCACCGCCGGAAAAAAAGCUCCAGCUUGAAUGGGUCUACGGCUACAGAGGAACCGAUACCAGGAAAAACCUCUGGGUAUUACCGAGUGGCGAACUUCUUUACUACGUUGCUGCCGUCGCCGUUCUCUACGACAGGGAGGAAAACGCUCAGAGGCAUUACGUCGGGCACACCGAAGACAUCACUUGCAUGGAGAUUCAUCCUAGUCGUGAGCUUGUGGCGUCGGGUCAAAAGGCUGGGAGACACAGAAAAGCUCAACCCCACGUCAGGAUUUGGUCAACGGAGACUCUCCUCACCCUCUACAUUUUCGGGAUGUCAGAAUUUCAGCUGGGGGUUGCCGCUCUUGCCUUUUCGCAGCUGAACGGUGGAAGCUACGUGUUGGCUGUCGACUCGGGAAGAGAGGCGAUCCUCUCGGUUUGGCAAUGGCAGUGGGGACAUCUGCUGGGAAAAGUUGCGACUCUUCAGGAGGACCUUACGGGCGCCGCGUUUCAUCCCCUCGACGAUAAUCUGCUGAUAACUCACGGCCGAGGUCAUUUGACAUUUUGGAAUCGUCGUAAGGACGGAUUUUUCGAAAGAACGGACAUCAUAAAACCGCCUUCACGGACGCAUGUGACGAGUAUUCAGUUCGAGCAGGACGGUGACGUCGUGACGGCCGACAGUGACGGUUUCAUAACGAUCUACUCGGUCGACGCUGACGGUGCUUAUUUCGUACGAAUGGAGUUCGAGGCCCACAACAAGGGCAUCAGCUCGCUGGUUAUGCUCUCCGAAGGCACCCUUCUAUCAGGGGGUGAAAAGGACCGGAAGAUCGCCGCUUGGGACUCGCUGCAAAACUACAAACGUAUCACCGACACGAAGUUGCCAGAGGCUGCGGGUGGCGUGCGAAGCAUUUAUCCCCAACGUCCAGGGCGGAAUGACGGGAAUAUUUACGUCGGGACUACCAGGAACAACAUUCUUGAAGGAUCGUUGCAGCGCAGGUUUAAUCAGGUGGUUUUCGGCCACGGUAGGCAGCUUUGGGGACUCGCCGUUCACCCCGAUGACGAGGUUUUUGCAACCGCCGGACACGACAAGAACAUCGCCUUGUGGCGACGCCAUAAGCUCCUCUGGACGACGCAGGUCGGUUUCGAGUGCAUCAGCAUCGCUUUUCACCCCUUCGGUGUCGCUUUGGCAGCGGGUUCGUCGGAGGGUCACCUUCUCGUUUUGGCAGCAGACACGGGAGCUGCUGUGGCGACAUUGAGAGUCUGCGGAUCGCCGCUUUCCUGCAUCGGCUACAACCCGACCGGUGAAAUUAUCGCCUUGGGAUCCCAGAACGGUAGCAUCUAUCUCUUCAGGGUUUCGAGGGACGGUUUUUCGUAUAAAAAAAGCAACAAAAUCAGGGGCGCUCAGCCCCUCGUUCAACUUGACUGGAGCUCGGACAGCAGAUUUCUUCAGACUGUCACGCAGGAUUACGACCUCGUAUUUUGGGACGUGAAAGCUUUAUCGUCGGAAAAGAGUCCGCUGGUAAUGAAGGACGUCAAAUGGUACACUUACAACUGCAUGGUCGGCUACAUGGUUUCUGGUAUGUGGAACAACCGUUACUACCCUUUGAACACCGUCUUGUCGACCUCGAGUCGUUCGGCAGCCCACGACAUGCUCGUUUCCGGGGACGCCGAGGGUUAUCUCAGGCUUUUCCGUUAUCCUUGCACCAGUUCGAAGGCCGAGUACAUCGAGGAGAAGGUUUACAGCUCGCAGCUCGCUUGCGCCCGUUUUCUUUACAACGAUCAAAACGUAGUGACAGUCGGCGGUACGGACGCUGCUCUAAUGCUAUGGGAACUGGUCGACGAAUAGGUAGUUAUUUUUUCAUAUUUUCAUUAAACGUACAGUAUGAAUUACUGUUAUCGUCGUUAUUACUGUAAAAGAAUUCAACCAGGGUAGAUUCGUCAGAUUUUUCAAUAUCGAAUCUGACGAACAAUUAUAUGUUUUUAUAUUUAUUAACUCAGUCAAUUUUUUCAGAGAAG